UGCAUACAACUACUGCGGGUAUACUAGAGACUCGCGUACAACAAAAACAACAAUAAUUGAGCACCAUAACUUAAUACCAACAACAAUAAAACAAACAUCAAAUAUGACUACUGCAAUUAACGAUGUAAACGUCUUUCCCGACUACUUGCGCGAAGAAUUUUUCAAUCAAAUAUUGUUACAGUUAUUUGGUGAAACGGUAAAAUUACGCGAAUUGCAAGUGAUACCACAGAUAUCGUUCGGCAACUAUUGCAGUGAUAUCUAUCGUGUUACAUUGAAAUAUGCAUUGAAUGAUAACAAAAGUAAGGACGGACAAAGUGCAGUUACAAGAGCGGAUGAGUGCGUGCUGAAUGUGCUGGUCAAAGACUUGUUUGAUAAUUUAACUUCAAUUUCUAAUGAGCAAUUCAUGUACGCAAAUGUGCUGCCUGAGAUCAAUAAGACGCUGCUUAGUUGUGGGCGCAAACAGGUGUCACCGACUGUAUAUCACGCUAUUAAAAAUAACAGGGAAACACAUUUUUUUGAAGAUCUAACACCACGUGGCUAUGUUAUACGGCCACGCACAACUGGGUACAACGAGGACGAAACACGUCUCUUAUUUAAACGUUUGGGAGAAUAUCAUGCAGCGUCGCUCAUCUUCAAGGAGGGACACCCUGGCAUUGAGGGUAAAAUGCGUGAAUUUUAUGCAGUUAGCGAUCCGGUUUUAGAACUUUUCAUUGAGGAUCAAAUGUACGACAAUAUAGAGUAUGUCGUUAAGAUUUUAGAAACUUGGCCGGGCUACGAAAGCAUUAUCGCGAAAAUGCGAAAAAAUACACGAGAAGUGUUUCGCAGUAAAUUCUUGCCAUUAUUUGAUCGGACGCAGGCUAAAUUGAACCUAGUUUUACAUGGCGAUAUGUGGAUUGCCAAUUUACUGCUGAAGUAUAAUAGCAAAGACGGCAGCGCGGAGGAUGCAGUGUUCUUGGACUAUCAGAACAGCAGCUGCGGCAGUCCUGCCUUCGAUAUACACAACCUCUUCAUGACGAGCGUGCAAUUGCCGGUUAUGGUGCAGAGUUAUGAUGAUAUCAUUGCCCAUUAUUAUGCGGCCUUUCGUUCGACUCUACUAGCGCUCAAAUAUCCUGCCGAGCGCAUACCAGCAUUGCAGUGUAUUCUCGAUGAACUCCGACGUACCGAUUAUUUCAAUUACUAUUUACUUAUAUUUCCAUUCGCUCAGACUAUGCUCGGCGAUGAAUUGGUAAAAGGUAUGAAUUUCAAUACUAUUAAUGAUAAAAAACGUGUGGCAGCCAAUCGUGCCAAUAUCUAUGGCAACGAGCGCGUCCUGGAGACGUAUAAAUAUAUGCUGAAGGCGUUCGAUGAGAGAGGCUUGCUGGACUGAAGUGAUGUAUCUAGGUAUAGGGGGUCAUAUUUUUUUUUUCAUGACAAAUACGUGUGUUUUAUAGUUACAAAAUAUUUCCUAUCUAUAGUAUAUGCAAAGGUUUU